AUGGAGAGCGCCGAUAGAGCCGGCGCGGCGGCGGCGGCGGCGGUGCGGGCCACGCUGAAGGACUGGAUCCCGGCAAAGGCCACGUCCGCGGCGUCGCAGAUGGCGUCCAUCUUUGUGCCAAUGAUGCGUGACGGCGUGCUGACGCAUUUCAAUUCGACAAUGGGCCAUGCGGCGAGCCGUCCAGCCGUGUGCCCGCCCAUUCAUCACACCGUACCCGUAAAGGGCGCCUAUGCACUCCUUUCGUUUGCUUCCCGCUUCUCUGGCUCCUGGAGCCCACCUACACCCGCCGCCUCGCCUCCUACCACCUCGCCCAUCGCCGCCGCUGCCGCCACCAACGAGCCCUUUCCUGACCAUCACAUCGGCCUCAACCUCCCUCCCACCCCGCCUUCCUACCCGGACUAUGGCACAGUAGACUCCGACAGUCCCGACAGUCCCCCUCAGAAGCGUCAGCGCAGCGCUUCCCGACCCCUCUCCAUCUACUCGUACCAGCCGCCUCUCAUGGACAUUACCGAGGACACCAUCCCGGAGCUGCAGCCCGUCUUUUCCUUUCUCAACUCGCACUCCAACAAACUCUAUCAAGAGGGCUACUUCCUCAAGCUCGACGACCAAAACACACAGGGUAAACCCAAUGUCGACCGGACAUGGACAGAGUGCUUUGCUCAGCUCGUCGGCACCGUCCUCUCCCUAUGGGACGCCGCCGAGCUCGAUGCUGCCGGCGAGGAUGGCGAGGUCCUCCCCAAAUUCAUCAACCUCACUGAUGCCUCCAUCAAAAUGAUUGAGUCUCUUCCCACCCGCUCCAAGGACGAGCAACCCCUGCAAAAUAUCCUCAGCAUCUCUACCGCUGGCCGCAACCGAUACCUUCUCCACUUCAACUCCCACCACUCCUUGGUCCAAUGGACUGCCGGCAUCCGUCUCGCCAUGUACGAGCACUCUACCCUUCAAGAGGCCUACACCGGUGCCCUCAUUGCCGGCAGAGGCAAGACUCUCAACAACAUCAACGUCAUUCUCGAGCGCGCCCGCUUCCCCACAGAGUCCUGGGUACGAGUCCGCUUCGGUGCCGGUGUGCCUUGGAGACGCUGUUGGUGCGUCAUUUCGCCUCCAGACGAAAAGGAGUAUGCCAAGCAUCAAAAGGAGAUGAAGAAGCGCUCUGCCUACGAUAGAUCCUCCGCUCCUGCUCUCAAGGGCGACAUCAAGUUUUAUGACCAGCGCAAGGAGGGCAAAAAGCAGAAGAAGCUGCAACCCAUCGCCUCUAUCACCGAUGCCUAUGCCGCCUACGCCAUCUACCCCCAGGCCAAGUCCCUAGUCGAUGCCUCGACUCUCAUCAAGAUUGAGGGCAGCGUCUCCAUUCACACCGAUCCUCCUUCCUCGACCGAAGGCUUCGUCUUCGUCAUGCCCGAGAUCCAUCCCAUGGUCACUGGCUUUGAGAUGCUCCUGCGCAACCUUUUGCCUACCUGGGACACUUUUGGUCUCUACGGCCGCCCAGGCCGUCUCGUUGCCAGCGUCCUCGAUCAGCGCUCCCUCAUGUUUGCCAUGCCCAAGCACAAGCGCUACGGCUAUCUCGAAAUUCUCGACGUUGCCGCCCUCAUCAAUGAGCAGGGCAGCUCCAGCUGGAACGAGCGUGAGUGGCGCAAGCGCCUCAAGGAGAUUACUGGCACCCGCAUGAACGCCAUCGAGGAAGGAGCUCCUCGCACCGGCCGCAACAGUGCCAACAGCCCCAUGGGUGGUCUGCGACCCAAAGUUGGAUUUGCUGACGAUGGCGCAUCUACUCGAUCGUCACGCUCCCACUCCCUCAGCGGCAGCGGUCCCAGAACCGAUUCCGCCCCCCCUGACGCCCAAGCCAAUUGGCAGCAGCCUGGCUCGGACGCCAAUGCCAGAGCCUAUCCCGGCCCUCCCGGCCCUCCUGGCCCUCCUGGCGGCCCAGGCGGCCCAGGUGGCCCCGGAGGUCCCAUGCCCAACAGACCUUAUCCCCAAGAUUUUGCCGGCCCCGAAGAUGGUCGUUCCACCCCUCAAAUGAUGCGCAACAUGAACACACCAGAGCCCGUUUCUCGCCCGCCUGCUUUCAACCACAAUCCUCAAGAGCGCAGCAACAAGGCCUAUCACUCUCCUGAGCUCCGUCGCGCUAAUAGCCGACUCUCUAGCUCCACGCUGGCUCAGAUGCAUGAGGCCCGAACUCAGCCCUACGCCAACGAACUCGACGGUCAUCCCAUGCCAGGCGGCAAUGGUCCGCCGCCAUCCGCGCACAAUCAGUACAUGGGCGGACCUGGCCCUCAAGGGCGUCCCGGACAGCUGCCACCGUCACUCAGCGUACCUCCUGGCCCAGGCCAGAACCGAUCCAACUCGCCCUACGGACCACCAAGCCCCGGUAUGGGCCCCGGUAUGGGACCUGGUAUGGGACCCGGUCUAGGCCCAGGCAGCCGUCCUUCCACGGCAGAGGGACGUCGCUCUCCUUAUCCUCCUGGCCAAGGGCCGCCUCCUGGUCAAGGCCCACCCCCUGGCCAAGGCCAAGGACGCGGCAGACCGCCGCCCGGCCAUGAACACUAUAGACCUGGGCCCGGCGGACCCGGCCCUCGCGGUCCCGGAGGCCCCGGAGGCCCUGGAGGCCCUGGAGCUCCGCCUGGUGCUGGACCUAUGCACCGAAAGCCCAUGCCCAUGCGCGGCCCACCACCAAACCGUGGCCCGCCACCUUCUGCCGACGACAUUAUCGACGCAUAUAGCGAGAUGCGCAGCCCUUCGGGUACAGCCCCUCGCCCACAGCAUCAUGGUGGCCCUCCUGCUGGCUAUGGGCCUGGCCCCGGUUCUGGACGCCCUUACACACCUAAUGACGGACGCCCUUACACACCCAAUGGCGGCCCCGGACCUCAAGGACCGCCACCAGGCAGCUUCUCGCGACCAAUGCGAAGCCCGCCCGAAGGCCAACGGCCCCCGUAUCCCCAGCAGCAGCAGCAGCCGGCAUACCAAGGCCAGGCUUUUUGA